AGCCAGCGUACAUUGACAAGAGUUGGUUACUUGGAGCUUUAAGAGAAAAGCAGAGAAGAGGAAGAACAAGAAGAAGAAGAAGAAGAGCGAGAAUGGGGUCGAGAGAUCUGGAGCGAUUGAUUCCAAUGCCAAAGCUCGGACCAGACAACCCUGGCAGCCCAGCAGAUUCAUCAGCUUCGGUUUCACCUGUAGCUUCCUCUUCUAUCCAUGCUCCAGGCAAAGAGGCAUUUUGCAAAGUCAUUCGGAGCUGGGCCUCAAAAAAGUUCAUGACUGGAUGUGUCAUUUUACUCCCAAUGGCCAUCACAUUCUAUUUCACCUGGUGGUUCAUUCAUUUUGUGGAUGGAUUCUUCUCGCCAAUCUAUACUCAUCUUGGGAUCAAUAUGUUUGGUCUUGGAUUUUUGACCUCCAUCACUUUCAUCUUUCUGGUUGGUGUAUUCAUGUCCUCAUGGUUGGGAGCUUCUGUUCUUAGUUUGGGAGAAUGGUUCAUCAAGAAGAUGCCUCUGGUCAGUUAUAUUUACUCUGCUUCAAAGCAAAUUAGUGCUGCAAUAUCUCCAGAUCAGAACUCCCGUGCCUUCAAAGAAGUGGCCAUAAUAAGACAUCCACGUAUGGGGGAAUAUGCAUUUGGCUUCAUAACGUCGACGGUUAUUCUCCAUGGUCGUGCGGGUGGAGAGGAACUUUGCUGUGUUUAUCUGCCUACCAACCAUCUUUAUCUAGGAGAUGUUUUUCUCAUUAGCUCCAAGGAUAUUAUAAGGCCUAAUCUCUCCGUUCGAGAAGGCAUUGAAAUUGUUAUUUCUGGUGGCAUGUCAAUACCUGAAGUAUUGACUACCCUAGAUGCACAAGCCAUUCAUGCAGCAACACUGGGAAAAUUUUCUGUACCACCAGUCUGAGAUGAUUUUCUGCAUCAUUCAGCUUCUGAGCUCUGACCAGCCUGUGGGUUGAUAGGCUUGAUGAGUUCGGGAUCAAGUCCGUUAAAAAGAUGUGGCUUCAAUUAGAGGAGCCAACGGAGAAGAGUUGCAGAAGAUAAACAGCAAAAGAAAUAGCUUGAGCUUUCAAUGACUAAAUAUGUGAAUGGAUCUGGACAUAUGCACAUAUACAUUUAUUUAUUACUAGGUUCUUUUUCUUCAAAAAAAAAAAAAAUAUAACUGUAAGAGCUUUAGUUGUGAGUAGUUGCCCCCGUAGACAUCAGUUUUUCCCAGUGUUUAUAUUGAGCUAGACAUGAAUUAAGCUGGAAAAAAGCUUAAGCUGUGAUGA